AUGUUUUCAAUGCACGCAUUUUUCCUUUUAUUAAUCGCAGCCUUUGUGUGGUGUGAUAAACCUGAAGGAGCUCUUAGAUUAAAUGUGCCUCUUUGGGAUGUGAAUGAUCUUUACUCGCGUAUAUCCAGUGCCUUUGGCGCUGCAACUACCACUCAAAAACCGCAGCAAAAUCCGUCAGCAGACGGUCCUUGGGACGCAUAUUACAAUGCGCUUUUGCAGGAAUAUUACAAAAAAAAACAAGGAAUUUUUUCAGUCGAUCCUUCACCCGAUCCUGCUCCAAUGCCACUUCCUCGGCCUCCGCGACCCCUGCGUCCUUUACGGCCUCUCAGGCCCCAGAUUCCGAAUCGCCCAAGACCCAGGCCGACUCGAAAGCCUACUAGAAGGAGCACGACAACCAGAAGGCCAACUACAACCACUCGAAAAACCACAACCACGAAAAAAGCUACAACAACUUCGUCCACAUCAACGUCGUCUCCAGUAUCUACUUCGAGUACUUCGACUACAGUCGCCCCUACAACCAAUUCAACAACCGAUGAAUCAUCGACUACUGGAGGAUCCUCUACAACAGGAGGCUCUUCAACAACUGGUGGAUCUUCCACGACAGGAGGCUCUUCAACAACUGGAAAUUCCUCUACAACUGGGUCGUCCACAACGGGAGGAUCUUCCACAACGGGAGGAUCUUCCACAACGGGAGGAUCUUCUACAACAGGCUCAUCAAGUACAGGAUCAGCAGUUGCAUCUUACCGGAAAAAAGGAUAUUUACGAGCCACAACAGCCAACCCUGUUUAUUCAUUCUAUAAUCAGCUUCAGAACAGUCCCAUUUCAACACCGACAGUGCUCAGUCUAGAGGGGCUGUCCUCAUCUUCUGGUGACUUCCGCCCUGAAAUGCAACUUACAGUCCAGUCAGCACCUCAGCCAAUGACGAGUCUGUGCCAUAACUAUCCACGUCUUUGUGCUAAGCCCGAGGAGGCGCAGUAUGUACGCUUAACCGAUGGAUUCGGAAAGCCCAUGCUUCUCAUAACGCCUGGAGGGAUUACAAACAAUCCGGUUUUCACAAAACCAAUGACGCGUCACGUUGUCUCGAAGCCAAGGCCUUUAAAAAUGCAACCAUCACAACAAAAUAAUCCAUCUAGAAAUAAAUACAUUUACAGAUUAAUAAAGAGAAAUCAAAGAUCUUAA